CGACCGCGGGGCGCAUGCGCGCGCGUCUCCUGUCGCCGGCCGCUGCGCUCCGCGGCGCGGAAUAGAAUGAACUGUAACAAAACAACCCGAGCCUUUGUAUCUGCUUAAAGGGGCCGCGGGCACUUACCUCUCGUCCCGCUCCCCCCCAGCCCCGCCACCGCGUCUUCAGGGCUCCCGGCAACUGGCUGGAAGGGCUUCCUUCACCCUCAGGAACAGCCCGCCCGCGAGGAGAGGCGGGCUGGGCGGGAGGCAAAGAGGAGGCACCGCAUUUGUAAAAGGCAAGAGAGAAAGGAAGGAAGGAAAAAAAAAUAACCCGAGCGGCGCAGAGUGGACUCUGGUCCGGGAGAGCACGGGCGGGCGCUGGAACGUGGACCCAGAGGCACCGGAAUGCAAACAAAGCUCGCGGGCGCCUGUGCGGGGCUCGCGGGGAAGCCCAGAAAGUUUGUUUUAUGAUGGCUUGAGUGCGCGAGCGUGUGCAGGGGAGCGAGGCUGCCAAGUUUCUCUCUCCUGUUUUGUGAUUUGGGGAGAGAUGUUUCUCCCAUGAACCAGCGGAGGCUUGGGGGCUCGUGCUGUGGGGGGCACCUGUCUCUCGUUUUAUUUUAUUUUUUUUGGAGGAGGGGUGUAACUCAUCAUGUCCAAAGUGAUCCAGAAGAAGAACCACUGGACUAGCAGGGUUCACGAAUGCACCGUGAAGCGGGGACCCCAGGGCGAGUUGGGGGUGACGGUGCUGGGAGGCGCGGAGCACGGGGAGUUUCCGUACGUCGGAGCGGUGGCGGCGGCCGAGGCAGCGGGGCUUCCCCGCGGUGGCGAGGGCCCGAGGCUGGGCGAAGGGGAGCUGCUUCUGGAGGUGCAGGGGGUCCGGGUGUCCGGCUUGCCCCGCUAUGACGUGCUGGGGGUCAUCGACAGCUGCAAGGAGGCCGUCACCUUCAAAGCCGUCAGACAAGGAGGAAGGCUGAACAAGGACCUGCGACAUUUUCUCAAUCAGCGGUUCCAGAAGGGGUCUCCUGAUCAUGAGCUCCAGCAGACCAUAAGGGAUAACCUUUACCGCCAUGCUGUGCCUUGCACAACCCGAUCUCCCAGAGAAGGAGAAGUGCCUGGCGUGGACUAUAACUUUCUGACUGUGAAGGAGUUCUUGGACCUCGAGCAGAGCGGAACUCUUCUGGAAGUCGGCACCUAUGAAGGAAACUAUUAUGGGACACCCAAGCCUCCUAGCCAGCCAGUCAGUGGGAAAGUGAUCACGACGGAUGCCUUGCAAAGCCUUCAGUCUGGCUCUAAGCAGUCGACCCCGAAGCGAACCAAGUCCUACAAUGAUAUGCAAAAUGCUGGCAUAGUCCAUGCGGAGAAUGAGGAGGAGGAUGACAUUCCUGAAAUGAACAGCAGCUUUACAGCAGCCGAUUCUGGUGAACAAGACGAGCACACUCUCCAAGAAACAGCAUUACCACCUGUGAAUAAUAGCAUCAUCGCUGCUCCCAUCACGGACCCUUCUCAGAAGUUCCCUCAAUACCUACCUCUUUCUGCAGAGGAUAAUUUAGGUCCUCUACCUGAAAACUGGGAGAUGGCCUAUACCGAAAAUGGAGAAGUCUAUUUUAUAGACCAUAAUACGAAAACAACAUCUUGGUUAGACCCUCGGUGCCUGAACAAGCAGCAGAAGCCUCUGGAAGAGUGUGAAGAUGAUGAAGGGGUACACACCGAGGAGCUGGACAGUGAACUAGAACUGCCUGCUGGUUGGGAAAAGAUUGAAGACCCUGUCUAUGGUAUCUACUAUGUAGACCACAUCAACAGGAAGACACAAUAUGAGAACCCAGUUCUUGAAGCCAAACGGAAGAGGCAGCUUGAGCAGCAGCAGCAGCAGCAGCAGCAGCAACAGCAGCAGCAGCAGCAGCAGCAACAGCAACAGCAGCAGCAGCAGACAGAAGAAUGGACAGAAGAUCACUCAGCCCUUGUGCCUCCUGUUAUUCCAAACCACCCCCCAAGCAAUCCAGAGCCAGCCAGAGAAGCUCCACUUCAGGGCAAACCCUUUUUUACACGAAACCCUUCUGAGUUGAAAGGCAAGUUCAUUCACACAAAGCUGCGGAAAAGCAGUCGUGGCUUUGGCUUCACGGUGGUUGGAGGGGAUGAACCUGAUGAGUUUCUGCAGAUCAAGAGUUUGGUCCUAGAUGGUCCUGCUGCGUUGGAUGGCAAGAUGGAAACAGGGGAUGUGAUUGUCAGUGUGAAUGACACCUGUGUUUUGGGACACACACAUGCUCAAGUUGUGAAGAUCUUCCAGUCCAUCCCCAUUGGUGCCAGCGUGGACCUUGAACUUUGCCGAGGUUAUCCAUUGCCUUUUGAUCCAGAUGACCCCAAUACAAGUUUAGUGACCUCGGUAGCCAUUUUGGAUAAAGAACCAAUUAUUGUGAAUGGGCAAGAGACCUAUGAUUCACCAGCUAGCCACAGUAGUAAAACAGGCAAAGUCAAUGGCAUGAAGGAUGCCCGGCCAAGCAGCCCAGCAGACGUGACUUCAAAUAGUUCUCAUGGUUAUCCUAAUGACACUGUUUCUUUGGCUUCCUCCAUAGCCACUCAGCCAGAACUCAUAACUGUUCAUAUUGUCAAAGGGCCAAUGGGCUUUGGUUUUACUAUCGCAGACAGUCCUGGUGGGGGUGGCCAAAGAGUGAAACAGAUUGUUGACAGCCCAAGGUGCCGAGGCCUGAAAGAAGGGGAUCUCAUAGUGGAAGUUAAUAAGAAGAAUGUGCAGGCCCUAACUCACAACCAAGUGGUGGAUAUGCUGGUUGAGUGUCCUAAGGGAAGUGAGGUCACAUUGUUGGUGCAACGAGGAGGGCUGCCAGUUCCCAAGAAGAGCCCAAAGUCGCAACCACUGGAAAGGAAAGACAGCCAGAAUAGUUCUCAGCACAGUGUUUCCAGCCACCGGAGCCUGCACACAGCAUCCCCAAGCCACAGCACACAGGUGCUCCCCGAGUUCCCACCUGCAGAGGCCCAAGCUCCAGAUCAAACUGACAGCUCUGGCCAGAAAAAACCAGAUCCUUUUAAAAUCUGGGCCCAGUCCAGGAGCAUGUAUGAAAACCGACUUCCAGAUUACCAGGAACAGGAUAUCUUCCUCUGGAGAAAAGAGACUGGAUUUGGAUUUAGGAUUCUGGGUGGAAAUGAACCAGGGGAACCUAUUUAUAUUGGUCACAUUGUACCACUGGGUGCUGCUGAUACCGACGGCCGCCUCAGGUCUGGAGAUGAAUUAAUCUGUGUAGAUGGGACGCCAGUAAUUGGAAAAUCACACCAGCUUGUGGUCCAGCUUAUGCAACAAGCUGCCAAACAAGGCCACGUCAAUCUCACAGUGCGGCGUAAAGUGGUUUUUGCGGUACCCAAAACCGAGAACGAGGUGCCCUCGCCAGCCUCCUCUCAUCACAGUAGCAACCAGCCAGCCUCGCUGACAGAAGAGAAGCGCACCCCGCAGGGCAGCCAGAAUUCGCUGAACACGGUGAGCUCGGGCAGCGGCAGCACCAGCGGCAUUGGCAGCGGUGGCGGCGGGGGCAGCGGCGUGGUCAGCACUGUGGUGCAGCCCUACGACGUGGAGAUCCGGCGUGGGGAGAACGAGGGCUUCGGCUUCGUCAUCGUGUCCUCGGUGAGCAGGCCCGAAGCAGGCACGACCUUUGCAGGCAAUGCAUGUGUGGCUAUGCCUCACAAAAUAGGUCGGAUUAUUGAGGGGAGCCCUGCUGACCGCUGUGGCAAGCUGAAAGUAGGAGACCGGAUCUUGGCAGUAAAUGGAUGUUCCAUCACCAACAAAUCCCAUUCAGACAUUGUGAACCUAAUCAAGGAAGCAGGAAACACAGUUACCCUCCGCAUCAUUCCUGGGGAUGAGUCCUCGAAUGCCACCUUGCUGACCAAUGCAGAGAAGAUCGCCACCAUCACUACCACACACACCCCUUCUCAGCAAGGGACCCAGGAGACAAGGAAUACCACCAAACCAAAGCAGGAAUCUCAGUUUGAGUUCAAAGCACCCCAGGCAACACAGGAGCAAGAUUUUUACACUGUGGAACUGGAAAGAGGAGCCAAGGGAUUUGGCUUUAGCCUUCGAGGAGGCCGAGAGUAUAACAUGGACCUCUAUGUUCUGCGCUUAGCAGAGGACGGUCCUGCAGAGAGGUGUGGAAAGAUGAGGAUUGGUGAUGAAAUUUUAGAGAUCAAUGGUGAGACCACCAAAAACAUGAAGCAUUCUCGAGCUAUAGAACUGAUUAAGAAUGGUGGCCGCAGAGUUCGUCUGUUUCUGAAGCGGGGAGACGGCUCAGUACCAGAAUAUGACCCCAGCAGCGACCGCCACGGCCCCCCAACCGGUCCACAAGGUGUUCCGGAAGUGAGGGCCGGGCCCGACCGCCGGCAGCAUCCGUCAUUGGAGUCCAGUUACCCACCCGAUCUUCACAAAUCAUCACCACAUGGGGAAAAGCGGGCACACGCAAGGGAUCCGAAAGGCAGCAGAGAGUAUAGCAGACAACCCAAUGAACACCACACCUGGAAUGGGACUUCGAGGAAACCCGACAGCGGGGCAUGCCGACCCAAGGACCGGGCGCCGGAGGGACGGAAGGACGCGCAGGCCGAGCGCGCGGCAGCCGCCAACGGCCCCAAGAGGCGGUCCCCAGAGAAGCGGAGGGAGGGCACCCGCAGCGCCGACAACACUUUGGAGAGGAGGGAGAAGCACGAGAAGAGACGAGACGUCUCUCCGGAGCGGAGGCGAGAGCGGUCACCCACCCGCAGGAGAGACGGCUCCCCCAGCCGGCGGAGACGGUCUCUGGAGAGACUCCUGGAGCAGAGGAGGUCCCCCGAGCGCAGGAGAGGGGGCUCGCCCGAGCGCAGGGCCAAGUCCACCGACCGGAGGCGCGCGCGCUCCCCCGAGCGCAGGAGAGAGCGGUCCCUGGACAAAAGGAACAGAGAGGACAGAGCCAGCCACCGAGAAAGGGAAGAGGGAAAUCUGAAACAGGAUGCCGGCAGAAGUUCCAGACAUCCCACGGAGCAGAGAAGGCGAGCUUACAAAGAAUGUAGCACCGACCUCAGUAUCUGAGACGCUGAGUCACAUUCCAACCUUUACCGUGUCAAAGGUUCUAAGAGGAAAGUCACAAACGUGAAAUUAUUUAGUUUCUUACCUAAUGAAGCAUCUGACACCUGAUGAUCCUAUGAAUAACAACAAACAUUUUAUGCAUUUGAAAUCUUAUAAUAAAAAAUAUAUAUGAAAAGUAUUGUGCCUGAUGUAUCAUAUUAAAGAAAGUAUUUUUAAAUGCAUACUUUUUUGGAAAUUAUUUGCCAAAUGCUGGCCCAAAGGGAUAUAAAUUUUGUUUCUACGUAACCUGUAGAAUCGUCAAGAAUUGUUCCCGUUUUUGAGCAAUCUUUUUCUCUCCUGGUUAAAUGGGGCUGUUGAUCAUUUUCUCUAAGUAAGGGAAUUUAUUGAUUAAGUUUAAUUAAUUUGAUAUAGACUGUUAUGUAGUGAUAUAGUGCUAUACUGUAGUCGGCAGUUUUUCUUAAAAGCAAAGAACAAAAAGGCAAAGUUUUAUUUGUAAAAGCUGAGGACCCUUUGGGAUGGAUUAGGUUUGCCGAUCCUAAAAGUAAGCAAACUGUAUGACAAGACUACUACUGCAAAUGAAGGAUAUUUAUAGCUAAACUGCGUAGCACAAAGACGUUUUAUGUUGUGAGUUAUAGUUGGUUCAGAAAACAGUUUGUACUCUCCCUGGCCCAGGAAGGCACAGAGACAAAAAUGUCGGCCAUCUUUACCCAAAUACAACCCAAGCACAGAUAGUCAGGUUCGUGAGCAUCUCCAGCAUCUAAUUAAAUCUCAUUGAAGGCAAUGCCAUCACAGCUUUGCUGAAUUACUACAAGGAACAGACAACAAGCAUCUUUCAUGCUGUCUUGUCUGAUCGGAGGCUGAAUAGUAGAUGGAACGGGGGACAGUGUGCCUGGUGUGAGGAAGACGUAAGAUCCCCAAUUUGGAAAGCAUGCCCCUCCCCCUUUUAGUAUAAGCCCAUACUUGCCCUUGGCCAAAUUGGGGAGGAGGGAAUGAGCCUUGGUGGAAGGAACCUCUCUGUUGAUAUUUAAAGAAGUGGGGGCUGUGGGUAUUCAUAGAAAUGCCAAUUUCACUUUGAAACCAUAGUCCAAGUCUCUAGGUUGGUAGAAGAGAAAGGAAGUGGUCCCAGUUGUUCUAGAUCAGGUUGGGAAACUUCUGCCUCAUGACUCUGUCCUUUGAGUCCUUUGGACAGCAGCACAAAACAUAACAAUUUUUAUUUUUAAACAGACCCAUUCUUUUUGACCCCACAGGAGCUGUGGUUGGGUCGGCCGUAGCCCCGGGAUGUGGUUUAAGUGGAUUACUGCCUAGCUGAGCCAAAAUGUUUGCUUGUACCUGUUGGACCACUACAGCAAACCGCUGCUUACAGUGCAUUGUGUAUUUCCGUAGUACUGUUUUGCAUUUUCCAUACAGACAGAAAACUUUGCAAGUCAAUCACUGUUGUUCCCAUGGUACUGUAAGAAAAAAAAAAAAAGGAAAAAGAAAAAAAAAGAAAACCAGCCAAUCAUUGCGUGUACAGAGCUAAAAAUUGUAAUUAAUAGAGCCUGUUGGGAAAAAAAAGAAAACAGCUGUUGCCUUUUUUCUUGUAUAAAAGAGAAUUUAUGACAAAAUUUAGCUGUAAGGAAUGUGAUAUGUGUUUAUAUUUCUGAAUAUGGAACAAAUUGAUUCAUGGGGAUAUAUUUUAAUGUAAACUAAAUCAGGUAUGUAAAGUUGUUUUAAAAUGGGAGACUAUAUAAGUAAUUCUCUAGAGCUUUAGUUGGUUUGAAUAUCAUCAUUUCCUCCAUGGUGAGCCUGCUUGUGAAUUAUUAAGCACUUGUUUGCAUUCUCUGUUCUUCACUCAUUUAUUUCUUGCCGUGUGCUAUGGACUUAAUGCUCUUUCUGUAUUGAUGAAAAGCAGUAUGUGGGCCAAUCUUUUUAUAAAACACUAUGCAUAUAUAAAUAUUACAUUGUUCAUAGCUUUAUUUGACUUAUGGGUUUAUACAUAACAUUAGAAUGAGUAGCUAUAGUUGUGUGGACAUUUAUAAAACAAGUUCCUUUCCUGGAACAGACACAAUAUACGUUCUGUAGCUAAAAAGGAGAAAAAGUCUGUGAAUGCUAUUUUUAUUAUUAAAGUUUUCCAUACAAAGCAUACAUUGAGCUGUAGUAAGGCUGAGGAAGAGUACAACUGAAUAAUGAUGUUCUUUUUCAUCAAGUUCCUAAGAGCCGACUUGGAGAUUUUAUUCCCAAGGCUCCACUGCUAGGAUUCUUCUCACUAGUUCUAACAAAAUCUGUGAUGUUAAAUGACUGAUGCUCUCAAUUGUGGUCCAGAGUUUUAAGUAAAUGAAAUCAAGGUGGAUUUUGGGAAUAUAUCCUGAAGUUAACAUCUUGAUGUCCUUCUUGUUGUAAGAUGAUUUUUGACAUUUUAAAAUCUAUGUGCUACCCACCUGGGCUUGUCUCAAUCCGUGGACUUUUUGGUGUGGCAGUUUCACCUGAAUUCCACACAUCAGAUUUGUUUGGAAAUAUUGUACUGUACAGGGACUAUGCAUUAAGCAGAAAGAUAUAGUUUUCUUUGAACUACUGUAACCUUAAAUUGGAAACUGAUUCUUGUGAGCCUACUUUCCUUAAUCCUGCCCUCCCUCACUUAAUGUAAAUGUCUUGAUGAGAGAUGAUGGAUGAGUAUUUUGUAUGAUGAAAUCAAAUGAUUUAGGAAUUUGUCUCCCUCCAUUACACAGUUGAUGCCUGAAAGAAUGUUGGGGGGGGGGGGGAGGACUCAACACCCUAAUUGUAUUUUUUAAGUUUCUUUUGUGAAAGAUUUUUUAAUGCAUUUUUACUGUAAAAAUACAUGGAAAUGUAUGCAUUCCACAAUCAC